AUGAGGGUGAUCGCAACCUCCGUCUCCGUCCUCCGCGUUGUCGACCUCGAGUCUUGCGGCUUCCUGCUUCGACUGGCUGGCGUUCUUCAACCUACAGAAGGUCGCGUACGGAUAGUAUGGGCCAAUGAGACGCGUUCACGUCGACAGCGGUGCUUUCCGAGUCACGAAACAUCGGAGCUCGAGCCUCCGGCUAACCCGGACCGCCGGACGGGCCGCGCGGCGCAUAACUUCUGGCUUCAUAAGCUGUGCGACGUUCACAUGGAAGCGAUGAAGCCCAUGACGGACGAGUCGGCGUCGGAGACUACGCGCAAGUCUGCACAACAGACGCUUUACACGUGCUUAGAUCACGGUCUUCGUCUCCUGCACCCCUUCAUGCCACUCGUAACGCAGGAGCUCUGGCAGCGUCUCCCACGCCGCCCCAACGGCCCCACGCCGUCGAUCAUGCUCUCGAAGUACCCGACUUUCACCGAACACGAUUUCGACCUUGUCUUCUCCACCGUCAAGUCGGCCCGUGCUCUUGCUGCAUCAUACACUAUCAUCCAGAACCUCCAUGGUCAGCUUCUGAUCUAA